CUCGGCACGGAACCGCCCGCCCCGCGCUACGGACUCAUGGAGCCGCACGGCCCCGGCAGCGUCCUUUUCGGCUGCGAGCUGACGGCCAGCACCAAGUCCUACACGUUUCAGGUGGAUGAAGAUGAUGACUCUGACCAUGUUUUGGCCCUGUCUGUGGUGUGCCUCACAGAUGGCGCCAAGGAUGAGUGCAACGUGGUGGAGGUUGUUGGGCGAAACCACAAGAACCAGGAGAUCACUGUGCCGGUGGCAAACCUGAAGUUGUCAUGUCAGCCCUUGCUGAGCCUGGACAACUUCAAGCUGCAGCCUCCAGUGACGUUCCGCCUGGCAGCAGGCUCUGGGCCCGUGCAUCUCACCGGCUGGCACCAGAUCUUGCACAGGGAUGAUGCUUCCUUCGAGGGGGAGGAUGAGGAUGAUGACAUGUCUGAGGAGGAGAUAGCACCCAUCAUGCCUGCCAAGAAGGAGAGAAGGAAGCAGUGAUUUGUAUCCCAGCAAGGUGCUCGCUGGAACUUCUUGCAGACAGCUGUUACCUCAGACACCUCUCACCAGGACCUCAACUUUUGCUGUAUUUUUUUAAUUUACUGUUGUACCUUUUGGGGGUGGUGG